AUGCAUCGUCAAAGCCGGGUAACGGGACACGAACACGGCGAAGAGCCAUCGCAUCGAACAGCGAGUGUAGGGUGUUCCCUUCAGGCUUUGCCAUCGCAAAAGACAAGGACCGAGGACGCUAUUUCACACGGAGAAACCCAUAGCAAUGGGGUGAAUUAUCACUCGAGCAAGGAACUUGGAGUGGAGAAGAGUGUAAUCAGGCUCUACAUCGACGCCUACUUUGAACACAUCGCACCGCUUUGUGAGAAUGGCUUUGUUCACCGCGCUAUUUUCCUACAAGCCUGGAACUCUGGAACUGUCGACCCAGCGCUAUUGAAGGCAGUUUGUAGUGCAUCGGCGGGAUUUAUGUCAACAGAUUCCGUCACAGCUGAACAAAGAGAAAGGUGGCGUACUGAAGCAGAGGCGCAUGUUUGGUCAAAUAUCGGACGACCAUCUCUGGUCGUACUUCAAGUUCUCGUGGUGGUAAUUUCCCAAAAUUGUGCAUUAUCCCGAUUUCUCGCUUUGCAACCGCUGCUAGGAAUUGCUGCGAAGAUGGCAUACAUGCUCCGGUUGAAUCAUGAAAACACUCAACUAUCCACAACAGCUCGCGAAAUUCGUCGCCGUAUUAUGUGGUCAAUAUUCAUUUUGGACAAACGACUUGCGGCUGGACAGUCGGACCUGAUAUCGUGUCCCAAAGAGCAAAUGCAUAUACAACUACCAUCGAACGAGAGAGACUUCGAGCUCGCAAUUUCUGGCGGAACAGGUACUCUUAUACCAACGCAGAUUGAUGAAGGUGACUCCACCAGCAUGGGCACCAGAGCAUACUUUUGCCAGCUCUCUAAUAUUCGGCAUGAGAUUCUUCAGUACACCAGAAGAGUAAUUUCCGAAGGUUCAAAAGCACACGACUCUCGUGGCGAGCUCCUCCAACUGGAAUCUGACUUACAAAAACUGAAACGCUCACUGCCUGAAUCAAUGGCCUUUAGCGAGCGUAAUCUUAACCUACGAGCUUACUCUCCACAUUUGAAGCGAUACGUUAUGUUACAUACGAUGUGGCACCAAUGUCACUGUGACUUGUAUAGAUUUCUGCUACCUGGAAUUCGGGAAUCCCUGCCCGAUGAAGUUCUCAAUACGACGCUACCUGAGUAUGCAAUUUAUUGUCAAACACGAGCAGUUGAGCAUGCAAAGGCACUUGUCGAGAUAUUUGGAACGGUUCAGAAGGUUUGCGGUCAAACUCCACAAGAUCCGGGGAUCAGCAUUUGUGUAUUUCAAUGCACACGGAUUUUAAUACGAGCUUUUGACAUUGGACUUCUCGGAAGUCAUUCAACUAGUAUUGAGAUACUUUACCAGCUUAAAUCUGUUGCGAAAAUACUCUUGCCUAUUACCGCGGCAAACCAGUCCGCUGACCAACUGUACAAAGAGACUGAGAGGCUCAUAAGCAUCGCGGUUGCUGGGGGUUCCUCCCCAGACUCAAUGACAAAAGCCUCACGGAAAGAGCACAUCCGUGACAACAACAUACUCGAUAUUCUAGCUCGCAUUCGUCGGCGUGAUAUUGAGCAAGGAGAGGAAGUUCUUCAUCAGUACCCAGCAAGCCCUCCUGUCACCACUCCGACCGGAUCGGAAGUACCGUCGGACAGAGAAACGGGUGCCGCCAACGAAAGAACAGGAAUUUUAGAGGAAUCUCUGUGGUAUACGGGACUCGGACCAGAGCACAUGUUUGGCUCACUGGAUACUGUAUUCGAUGAAUUUGGGGGACCAUCUAUGAAUUUCGAUCCUCAAGAUCUUGAACAAUUGUACGGGAAUCAAUCAUGA